CAUAUAAGCAGUACAUUUCAUCUUGUCGCCAGGACUUUUUAUUAUUAUUUGGGAGUUAUCUAAUUAAGCUACAUCUUGGCCUGGAUAGUAAAUACUUUCUGCGAGAGGAGACUGCACAAACCAUGUCUGAGCCCCUUGUCCCAGGCAUUCACCUCUUGACGGCCUCUACUCCCGAUGUCUCUUCAGUCAUCGACGGCAUAGCCCACAUCCACGCCUCGUGCGUCUUGAACGACGGCACCCUGGCCACGUUCCUCCCUCCGUUGUCACACCCCCAGAUCUAUCAGUGGUGGGAGGAGCGUGCGAGGGAGGUCAGUCGCGGCGAGCGACAGAUCAUCAUCUGCCUAUCCAAAGUCAAGGACCGCACGACCGACAAGGACGCCCCGGCGCCCUGGCACGCCGAGGGAAGAGUCUGGCCGGUCAUCCGCUCGACAACCCCCUCUUCACCCAACCAGGCUCCCUCCAACACCGCUCUUGACACGACAGCCAACCCCCCCGGGACGGAAGAGCUGGAAGUCUCCGGCGUCGUGUCCCUGGCGACGCCCUUCUCGCAGACCGGGCCCUUCCGCGCCCUCGUGCAGAAACUCUUCGUCUCGCCCCUGCACCGCCGCCGCGGCAUCGCGAGGCAGCUGAUGGCCCGGCUCGAGGGCGUCGCCGUGGGUCUGGGCCGCUGGAAUCUCAUGCUCGACACCGAGGUCGGGUCCGGCGCCGAGCUCGUCUACCCCCGCCUCGGCUACGAGAGGCUCGGCGUCGUCAGGGAGUACGGGUACUCGCCGCGCGACGGGCGGCUGGUGGACGAGGUGUGGUUCUGGAAGGAUUUGAGGACGAUGAGGAGGCUGGAGGCGUAGAGAAGAGGGGUUCACGGUGCGAUGCGAAAAAGUCACGCGGCGGAAUAGCACACAGCAUUGGACGGUGUCACGGGAAGCGGCAAGUCUGCCUAUUCACGGACGCACUGCGCUUGUUGAAGCAUUCGCGGAGCAAUAUCUACUGGGCCUCCAUGCCGCUCUGCAGCACUUCCUUCACCGUUCCUCAGCUCGCGAGGUCUCAGGUCUCCCUGACUUUGAUGGGAACUACGUCUGGAGAAUAUCCUGUCUCAGGUAAACGAUAGAGAUACAUUAGAUAUGAAUUCGAAUAGAUCCACAUAUACAUUG